AUGCAGAUCAUACAUUUGUUAGUAUUGACGCCGCUAAGUCUAUUAGUCGGCGUGCCAUUAGGACUAUGGAAGGAAAGACUUUACAAGCAUUCCAUGAAACGCUGGCUAUUGGCAAUAUCUCCCUUUGUUCUUGUACCACUGUUGUCCCUUCGUGACGGUGUUAUACUGACAGGCAGUUACUUCAUUGGACGUCUGUUGGGUGCCUCAUUGGUUGGCGUGGGCCUGACAGGAGGUAUCGCAACGGGCAAAAGUACGGUCUCUAAUGUUUUUCGAACAGCUGGAGCUGUCAUCAUAGAUGCCGAUGUAGUCGCUCGAGAGAUCGUCUUACCUGGACGUGGUGCUUAUCAAGAGAUUAUACGUUACUUUGGCACGGAAGUCCUUAAUGAUGACGACGCGACCAUCAAUCGUGCCAAAUUAGGAGCAAUUAUCUUCAAUGAUCCUACGCAACGAAAGAAACUCAAUGCUGCAACUCACAAGUACAUUCUAUAUGAGAUGUUCAAGCAGCUUGUGUACCAGCGUCUUGUCUGUCGUAAACGACUCGUAGUGCUCGAUGCCCCGCUAUUGUUUGAAACAAACGUGCUCGAGUACUUUUGCUUUCCAAUUAUCGUAGUGACGUGCACUGAAACAAAUGAACUCUCACGACUCAUGAAGCGUGACCACAUGAAAGUGGAAGAUGCACACAAACGUAUCAAGUCUCAAAUGAAGCUCCAUGAAAAAGUAUCAAAGGCUGAUCUGCUUAUUCAGAACGAUGGAACACUGGAUGAUCUUCUACUUCAUACACGAGAAACGCUUCAACGUGCUGCGGCUUUUGUCGGGGCUUCGCAUGAACUGCAACUUUAA